AGUUGACGCUAUGAACUAUGGGUAAUACUACAAGCAAUGCCAGGCUGCAGACUACGGAAGCGGAAAAUGUAGUGGUGUGAUAUUACCACGACCAAAAUUUACCAGACAAAGAGGAAGCCCGAGCCUCCACGGAUCCAAACACCAGCGAGUUCAUUAGACGCCAUGGACAUAAAGGAGGAGGCGAUAGCUGCUUUAAAGCUGUCGGACCAUAGAAUCAUGAUGUCCUAUCCACCGGUGCCGGACAGAGCCUCUGUCCUGGUCCCAUUGAUGGUGAAGGAUGGGGAGCUGCACACCUUAAUGACCCAACGUUCCAAAAAGCUAAGGAAGAGUGCUAGUGCUGUGUGUUUCCCAGGUGGGAAGAGGGACCCCACUGAUCGAGAAGAUGUGGACACAGCCCUGAGAGAAGCACAGGAAGAGAUCGGUCUGCCACCCGCUGACGUUAAGGUGGUCUCUAUGCUGGCCCCGCUGUGGAGUGAGCAAAGUAAACUCUUGGUGAGGCCGGUCGUUGGCUUCAUAGAGGACUCAUUCUGUCCCAGCCCGAACCCGGACGAGGUCAGCGCCGUGUUCACGGUCCCCCUGCGGUUCUUCACCAGCAGCCAGCACCACACUGCCAUGUCCUCCGGUCAGUGGAAGGGGAAGGUGCACUCCUUUUAUUUUGAGGACCCCGAUUCAGGAAGGCAGUAUCACAUAUGGGGGCUGACCGCCUUCAUAGCCGUGCACGUCGCCAGCAUCGCUCUCGGGAAAAAACCCGAGUUUGACUUUGAUCUCAACUUCGACCAUCCGAUAAAGCUCCAUCAGAACUGGAUGGAAAUGAAUAGAAAAGUUAAUACAGUAAGUAAACUGUAAUGAGGAGAGACUUCCCUUUCCUGUUUAAAGUUUGAGAGUGAGGACGUGAUGGGCCGAUAGGUCAUACAAGGAUUUAAAUGGAUACGCUGAUAGUGGAUGAGAUUUGUGAAUGGAGUCUUACUGAUUUAACUUUGAGUUUUAUUUCUGCUGAAAUGCCUGUAGCAAAAUUUGUGAUAUAACUUAUGUGUAUAAAAUGUGAAGCUAAACUUAAGUGCAAUAUAUGUUCGAAGAGAUAAUAAUAAUAAUAAAAAACAUUUACACGCC